GGGAGCAGAGUCCAGAUGUCAGAAUAGGGGUAGGAGGGGCCAGGAGCCAGCGAGGCCAGCGCUGGGGCAGAGAGGACCAGUAAUUCGAAAACGCGCGUGCGCAGGACCCCUCCUCCAGGGCAUCGCUCAACGCAACGCGCAUGCUCGCCGAAGGGCUGCUGCGCUUCCCCGGGGCUCACCCACCCGGGAAUCUAUAAAUGGCGCGGAAGGAGCGAAAGUUGACUCUUUGGUCUCUAGAGCCGCUGGGGCGAUGAGCGGCGACUUCCGGAAGGCGGAGUCAGGGACCGAGCUACUUGCUCGACUUGAAGGUAGAAGUUCCCUGAAAGAUAUAGAACCAUUUUUGUUUGCUGAUGAAGGCUCUCCUAUCCAUGGUGACAUAUUUGAAUUCCAUGGUCCAGAAGGAACAGGAAAAACAGAAAUGCUCUAUCAUCUGACUGCAAGAUGUAUCCUUCCAAAAUCAGAAGGUGGAUUAGAAGUCGAAGUCUUAUUUAUUGACACAGAUUACCACUUUGAUAUGCUUCGGCUAGUUACAAUUCUUGAACAUAGACUGUCCCAAAGCACAGAAGAUAUAAUAAAACACUGUCUUGGAAGAUUUUUUCUCGUAAAUUGCAGUAGCAGUAAUCAAUUACUUAUCACCCUUUACUCAUUGGAAACUAUGUUUUGUAGCCACCCAUCCCUCUGCCUUUUCAUUUUAGAUAGUUUAUCAGCCUUCUAUUGGAUAGACCGGGUCAAUGGAGGAGAAAGCCUUCAUUUACAAGAAAUUACUCUGAAAAAAUGUUCAAAAUUCAUGGAGAAGCUUGUAAAAGAAUAUCACUUGGUUGUCUUUGCAACAACACAAACUAUAAUGCAAAAAAGUUCAAAUUCAACAGAAAGAUCAUCUUCCUUAAAACUUUCUUGUGAAGAAGUAGAUAUAGACUAUAGACCCUAUCUUUGUAAGUCAUGGCAACAAAUGGUAAACCAUAGAAUAUUUUUUUCCAGACUUGAUAAUUCUGAAAGCAACAACCAAAUGUUUUCAAUAGUGUCAUGUCAUCUAAAAAGCAACAAUGUAAUAAAGCGUUUAUUUAGUAUUAGAGAAAGUGGAAUUCAUUUUUGUUAAUCUAUAUCAGAAAUAAUCUACAUGCAGGUGUUGAGUUGAGGUAUUUAAAAAUGUCUUCCCUUUGAUGAUAUAUCUAUCAACAUUUCUGAAUUUGAAAGACUAAAAAGUUAACAUCAAUUUUUCUGUAUAAAUUGCAGUAUUUCUUAAGCAUGAAUUUCAGGUACAAGGAAAUACAUUUUAUGUUCUUAGGUUAUCAUGGGCUAAAUAACAAUAUCAGUGCUUUGAUGUUGAUUAAAAUCUAUGCAAAAGAAAUGUAUUUCAGUUUAAAUAAAAGAUUUUAUAAUUUUGUAUCAUA